AUGUGUCCUGCCGUGCCGCUCUGCAUAUCCUUAAUCAAUGGGUUUCUGUCGAAUGCUGCAGAGCGCGAACGAGCAGCGUUGGCGAAAAAGGGUUCUAUGAUGACAUUGUCAGAUAUACUACAAUUGAGUUGCCAUAAAUUGCCGGUCCAUCUAAAACCGUGCUUCAUCUACAUGGCUUUGUUCCCCGUAACAUUCCCCAUUCCGACAAGAAGGCUAGUGAGGCUGUGGUUGGCUGAUGGCUUAUUGAAUUCGCAUUGUUACGACAUAGAAGGGGAAAGGACAAGGAAGCCCGAGGAUGUGGGAGAGAUGUUCAUUCUGGAGCUCGCGCAUAGGAAUGUGAUCGAUGUGCUGAGCCGGAGGAAGGAUGGAUCCCCCAAAGCUUGCCAGAUGGUCGUUCCUCUGCAUGAGAUGAUCUGCCCAAUCGCAAUGAGCAUGGGGUUCCUCCACAUAGAUGCCGCUCGCAAGUCGGAAGGCAGGAACGACCAUGACCCAACCAGCCAGCAACGGAAGCCGCCAGCCCAACCCCGAGAAAGAACCAAGGUUCGGUGGCUUGUAGAGCACGCAAACAUAGUCACCGUCGGCAGCCGCAGCUACCCCAAUUUGAACCUCCGCCACGUGAGCUCGUUUCUGUCGUUCCACCAGAGGAGAGGCGUGCUGACCAAAGACAUCAACACGUUUCUAAGGAAGAUGACGUCCGAGACUGACUAUAGCUUGCUAAGGGUGCUUGAUUUGGAGGGUGUAUAUAAGCCAUCCUUGCAAAGCGUGCUCCCCAAGCUGGUGCUCCUGAGGUACCUAGGGUUGAGAUCCACGGUGUUGGACACGAUCCCACGUGAGGUUGCGGAUCUGCACUACCUCGAGACUCUGGACAUAAAGCACACUAACAUCACUUCGCUGCCGAGUUCCUUAUGGAAGGCGAGGAACUGGAGGCACCUGCAUCUAAAUUGGUUUUAUGUCGACUUGACGAACAUCCUCAAGGGUUGUCGCAACAAUGUCAAUGCCUUGACUAAACUCCAAACCUUAAGCGGGCUGGUUAUCGGCGAAGUGAAGGAUGACUCGAUGACGGACCACAUGAACUGCUUGACCACGCUCAAGCUUUUCUUGCAACACUCGGGUGACGGCACCUCAGGAGCUGCAGGGAAAACAUUAGCCGAUUGGAUUAGCCUGAUGCUCAUCAAUCUCCAGUCCUUGACCUUUGGGGUGAUACAAGAAGCCAAGCCUGCCGAAGGAGCCGAAGACGCGAAAGGAGCCAAGCCUGCGGAAGAAGGAGCCGAAGCCCUGAAAGUAGCCGAGCCAACAGAAGUAGCCCAGCCCACGAAAUCGCAGAUAGGCCCAUUACCGGAACUGUCGUUGGCUGAACGACAUCGGGACCUGUUGGAGCUCUACUUGCUGGGCCAACUCAACAAACCCAUCUGGACACAGCUCUUGCCUAGCUCGCUCAGUGUAUUGACUCUGUCGGGUUCGAAGGUGGAAACAGACAUGAUGCCCCUGUUGGGUGAUCUCCUGAAGAACCUGAGGACGCUCAGGCUGUUCGCCAAUUCCUUCCUAGACACUUUGUCGCGACCUCUUUUUUUUCGGCGCCCGCAAUUGGGUACAAGUGCCGGCGGGAGGCUAAUGGGACACCCGGCCCGAGCCGACAACCCGGCUCCACAACCCGACUCCCCAGCGAACCCUACCCAACUCGGCUCCGAUUCAUCACCCGACCUCCGCCGCCCCCGGAAUUUGCGGAAUCCCUACCCAAUUCCCGAUCCGGGUCCGACCCAACAACCCAGGGUCACGACCGGAAAAUCGGGAACCCUAGGGUUUUCCGAAUCGCAGCCGAGGAGGGAGAGGACCGAGUGCAGCGACGACAACUACGGCGAUGGCAGCGAUGGCUAG